AUGUCCUUCUUGCUUGGAGAUGACUACGCAAGCAGCAGCGAGAGUGAGAGUGAUGCAGAGGGGUCGGUGGCGACUGGGACAGUGAAUCAAGAGGUGACGAAGGAGGCGGGAUCCCCCGUGCAGCUCCUGCCGUCCGCCGACAGCGUCUUGUCCAGCGUGUCGGCUACGACGGCAUCGUUUCUGCCUCCUAAAUCUGGUGCCAAGGCUCAGAGCACCGUCCAGCCUUUCGACUUGUUGGAAGAGCAGGAGACGCAGCGACGAGAGCAAGAGAAGCAGGAUGUGGAGAAAAUAGAGAUAUCCGAGACACGCAGAAUCGACCGCAAGCGUCCUCUGCCGGAAUUGGCGACUCGAGCACAACCGACUAAGCGCGAGAAGAAGGAUGCAAAGGAGCGCGUUAAGAACCAGCGUCUCAAGGGUCAAGCUGGCAUCGGGUCCGAUUUCCGUGCCUGGAAAUCCGAGACAGAGAUGGCGCUGCGGCAGCAGUUCGACUAG